CCUGGCUUUCUCUGUUCUUUAAGCAAGCCCAGCCUAUGGUCACCCCAGAGCCUUUGCACUGGCUUCCCGCCUAGAACCCUCUCCUGGCAGAGCUGCUGGAGCAGCAAGAGCUCCGCUGAAUGUCUCAGCUAGCCUGGCCUCGCCCCAUAUUCCGGCACUUGUUCCCUUCCUUACUCUGUCUUCCACACUUCCUAAGGGCCGCAGAGAACUGAAGGAUGCCCCCAGAGGUAGGAAGCUGUGAAUGGGACCUUAGUUGGAAAAGAGUCUCUGCAGAGGGAAUCAAGGUAACGACCCUGAAAUGGGGCUGCCUUUGGUUAUCCGGGCAGGCCGGACCUAAGUUUGCGGCAGGGUCCUUCUAAGCGCCACAAAGGCAGGGGCGGAGGCUGGCCGGAAUUUCUGGCCACCCAGUGUGCGGUAAUUCCAGGCUGUAAGCUAACAUAGGCACAGAGCUUGUCGGCAACUCCAGACACACCUCCCACACUCAGGUGCACGCCCUGCACACUCAGGAGCUCUCCCUGCUCCUGCGAAUCCAGUGUGACAGACAGCCGCGCUGCGGUGGGCCCUUGGCAGAGAGGCGCCCCCUGGACCCCUGCGGUGCCCCCUGGAUCCCUGGGGCGGGCGCUCUGCUAGCUGACGCACACAGUGGAGAGGACGGUCAGGCCGCGUCACAGGGCGCCAGGGUGCUCCCCGCGCCUCUGAGGGUCUGGGGCUUCUGUGGCCCGCGGUGGCUGGCAGCCGGGCUUGCUCCAGAGCCGCGAGCCAGGGCCAGGCUUUCCGUGUGUGUGUGCCGUGUGCGGCGUGUGCGGGGAGAGCAGGUGUGCGUGCGCGUGCUUCCGCGUGUGGGGUGUGAGUGCGAGGGCGGCGACGAGAGCGCGGGGCUGUCCGCGUGUGCGGAUGCCCCGGAGCACGCGUGCGCAGGGCGCGUUGGCGCGGGACUCGGCAGGAAGGAGAGCGUCCUCGGUGAGACGGCAGCAAACGCCAAGCCCCGCAGAAUCCCACCCCUCAGGCUCCCGGGUGGGAAGCGGAUCGGCUGCGGGAGGCGAUUCCGAGCGCAGACUCUAGGGGCGUGGCCGCUCCGAGCCUCAGUUUCCCCUCGGGUGGGUGGCAGGCUGACAGGGGAGUGUCUAGCUCGGGGGUUUGCUGUCCGAAGGAAAGGGGCUGCGGUGGUAGCAGAAGGCUCAGGUCGACAGAGAAGGAGCUGUCCCUUGCAGUCGCCCACCUGGGGCAAAGGCUUCGCCGCGCCCUCCCGCCCCGCUGAGCCCCGGCUGGGCCUCCGGGGACCCGGGACGCCAAUUCCCCAAGUGACGGGGCUUUGCAGACCUGGGCUUGGGGUGCGCGGGGAGAAAUGACGGGGACCCACGGAACGGUCACGCCGGAAGACACCAGCGCGGUACUUAUCUCACACUGCGGCUGUGCUGAACUCGCACCCGGUCCGGACGCGAGGAGUGACCACCGGCAGACCCCGCCCAGGGUCCCGCCCACACCGGGUCCUUCCGGGUCGCCGCCGGAAGUCGCGCAGGCCGGAGCGUUUUCGCGGAGGCGCUGCGCUGGCCGGGAAUUGUGUUUGCGAGCGACGGGCGGGGACCUGGGGACGGUCCCUGGGGCGCUGGCUCCACCCCGCUACCGGCGGGGGGCGUACCCGAAGUGCCCCACGGAAUCCGAGAGGGCCGCGCGGCGCUUCACCAUGGCGACGGCGGCGGCCCCGCGCCGCUUCUGCCGCUGCGCCUGCUUCUGCUCCGAGAACCUGUACGUGGCGCGCUAUGGGCUGCACCUCCGCUUCCGAGACGAGCAGCAGCUGCGCCAGGACUACGGCCCCAUCCUGCGCAGCCGCGGCUGUGUCCGCACCGAGGACUUCCAGCAGCUCCUAGCGGAGCUUGAGCAGGAGGUAGAGCGGAGGCGGCGGCUGGGGCAGGAGUCAGCUGCCAGGAAAGCCUUCAUCGCGAGCUCCUACCGCCCAGCACGGCCCGACAUCUACACCACACUGCAGGGUGCAGCUUUGGCCCCUGAGUUUCUGGCUGCAGUUAAGUACAGUGCAUCCCCGGGUGCAGACCUUGCGGGUCUCCUCCAGUGGCUGGAGACAGUGUCAGAGGAGAAGCGCAUCUACCGUGUGCCCGUGUUCACCGCGGCCUUCUGCCAGGCCCUGCUGGAGGAGCUGGAGCACUUCGAGCAGUCGGACAUGCCCAAGGGCAGGCCCAACACCAUGAACAACUACGGGGUGCUGCUGCACGAGCUGGGCCUGGAUGAGCCGCUGGUGACCCCACUGCGGGAGCGCUUCCUGCAGCCCCUGAUGGGCCUGCUGUACCCGGACUGUGGUGGGGCGUGGCUGGACAGCCAUCGCGCCUUCGUGGUCAAAUAUGCACCGGGUCAGGACCGGGAGCUGGGCUGCCACUACGAUAACGCGGAGCUCACGCUCAACGUGGCCCUGGGCAAAGCCUUCACAGGGGGCGCCUUAUACUUCGGGGGCCUCUUCCAGGCGCCUGGGGCCCUGAUGCAGCCCCUGGAGGUGGAGCACGUGGUGGGCCAGGGCGUCCUGCACCGGGGCGGCCAGCUGCAUGGGGCCCGGGCCCUGGGCACCGGUGAGCGCUGGAACCUUGUCGUCUGGCUCCGGGCCUCUGCUGUGCGCAACCGCCUCUGCCCCAUGUGCUGCCGUAAGCCGGACCUGGUGGACGAGGCUGAGGGCUUCGGCGACGGCUUCACCCGGGAGGAGCCCCCCACGGUGGACGUGUGCACGUUGACCUGAGCCUGGUGUGGCCCCGCAGUGCGCGGGCGAGGCAUCUGUCACCUGGGGUCUGGAGGGGCAGAAUAAAUUCCCUGUUCCCUGCAGCCACGGUGCUUGUUGGGUCAGCAAGGCA